GUGGAUCUUCCCCCCUCGCCCAGCGAACAAACGGGACGAGCAGCUUUAUAUGUGGAGGCAGCCAUGAAACCAAUGGAGAAUGAAAUGAAGCAGUUUUGGCAGUCCAAAAUCAAAGCCGGCGUGCCAGAUAUAACAUUGAAUAAGUACCCAAUAAACGAAACGAGGAAGGGGGACAUCCGACCUGUCAUUUCUGUUCUACCAAACGACACGACCAGCGAUAUUUUCCAAUUAAUGCCACACAUGAAAACAACAGUAUUUAAAUUUUUCACCUCCAUAUAUCAAAUGUAUUUCCACUUUAUGACUGGCCACGAAAGGGUUGUAAUGUCUGCUCCUCUUGAUUUGAGAACACAUUUGCCAGAAACCCGAUCGGUUUAUGAAAAUAUGAUGGCCGCGGUGCCAUUUUUUACUGAGUUUAAAGAUCCAUGCCAAAGUGCCGAGGAAUUUAUCAAAUCCAACGCAAUGAAUAUAAGCCAGAGUCUUGCCAACGGUCUGUAUUCAGUUGUACUUAUACGGGAAUUAUUAGAGAACAAAGAAGAAGGAAAAUGGCUGACUAGACAUAGUGUUGUUGAAGAAGAUAUGGCCACCAUAAAUGAUUUACAGAAGAAAAGUAAACAAGAUAAUGAUGUGCAUCCUACUCUUGGAUUUACAUAUGAAACUCGUCUAAUGGUUUGGAUAGAUAAAAAAAAUUCUUAUAUCAGACUGCAACUCGAGUGUCUUCCUGAGUUAUAUACUGAAAACGAAGCUGAAGGCCAUAUGAAUAACAUCGUUAAGUUAAUGAACGCAGUGUUAAUUGAUAGUAAUCAAACAUUGUCCGAAUUAAAAGAACUGGUUGUACCUAAACAGGGGAUUGUACCUAGACAGGAGAUUGUACCAGACACAAUUAAAGAUGAUAGAGAAGAAGAAGUUGGGGCUCGUUUCCUAAAAGAAACCACUUUGGGUUAUGAUCAUUUGGUGUAUGCCAAAAUAACAUCUGCACAUGGACGCCCAGAGAUUAAAUGGGCUUCAAUUGGUUACAGAGGAAGAUCAAAACCCAAAAAAUUCAAGUCUUUGCCAUUGGCAGAAGUGAAUAAUGUUUAUCUUGCUGUAUAUAAAGGUUUCCGUACAGUUGUAUUUGAGACGAGGAAGAAGAAAUUUAUAUUUAAAUUUAUUGAUGGUGAAGAGGUAGCUGCCUUUACUCGGUGUUUGGAAAAUAAUCUAGAAGAACACCCAAGUAUGACAAAUGGAAAUGUUGAACGUAUACAUUAGUGAUAUUAAUCAUAGCAUGUUAUUUAAUACUGCAUGCAAAUAGCAUAAUGUUAAGGUUAGAAUUAGACUUUUGGGUAUUUUUUUACUCUAUUGAAGUCAAUAUCUACCGGAGAAUAAAGUAAAAAAGUUUUUUUAUGGAAUAGCCCCCUGGCAAAUUCAGAUACAGUUACAUAUAUUAAGACCCUCGGAAACAAUUUGAACUUCGACAUAAAAAUUGUAGAUUUUAUCUCGAAUUUUCUAAGACUAUAGGUACCUGCUAACCCUGGAUUAAGUAAAUUCAUUUAAUCGAUAAAAUCAUAGUUCAUGUUACUCUAUUUAGAUGUAUCAAGUCAUAUAAUAUGUGUACAAUCUAAUCUCUGGCUACUUCCAUACAUUUCGGGAAUCAAGAAGUUGUACUGCAGGGGAUGUUUAACAGGAGUCAAUUUGAACUUAGACCUUACUGAACUAAAUGUUUCAUUGAUUGUGAUUCGGUAUCUCAAACACAAGUUGUCUAAAAGCCUUUGGGGUAUUGUGGGUUAUAUUGGAGUGCAAAUUUAAAUAAUGCAUCAGUUGAAGCUGUUUUAAAUAGCAAUUAUUCAAUGUAGAAU